AGGAUCUAAACAGACUGUUUGCUGAUGCAGCCAAGGAAAGUGGAACUGAUGGAGCUUUAGCUGGCGUCUGGGCUGAAGUUACUGCGUUGAUGGAUCAGAAGAUACCAGCCGAUCGUGAUGAUCCUACCACCGUCAACCUGCUUAUAGAGAAGGCUUGUCUCUAUUUACAACAUCUAUUUAUUGAACAUAUGGAUGCACAAGUGGAAAGAAAUCUUGAACGAGCACAGCGGGGAGGCGUGCCCGGAAUCCGUGGGCUAGUUGAAGCCUAUUUGAAGAUCGGCGCAGAUGAUCCGUUUGCAGAAGAUGGAACAGUUGAAGGGUUACCUGUCUGGGAGGUAACCUACCACUGUCUGCGCGCUGGCGACUUGGCUGCAGCGAAGGAUGCUCUGGAGUUGUUGGCUAACUUCCCUCAGUCGGCAGUCCUCGUAUCUUGUCUUAACCACCUCAAUAAGGAGGCCAAGCUGGAUGUGGAGCUAAAGAAGAAGUUGAAAGUAGAAUGGAGACACAAUCUAAACUCCGCGAAGGACAAAUAUAAACGAGGCUUGUAUGCUGCGUUAUUAGGCUUAGAUUCUACUUUGUCGGAUUCGCUUGAGAACUGGCUGUGGUUCAAGCUGUUUGCCCUGAAAGUAGACCCUCAUAUGUCUCCCAUCCUCUACGCAGAAGUGCAGAAAAAUGUUUCUAUAGACUAUGGGGAGUCAUAUUUUAUGUCUGGCGGAAAGGCGGAGUUUCAUUACUAUUUCACCGCUUUGUGGCUUUCUGGCCAGUUUGAACGGGCUAUCAAACUUCUCUUUGAUUGCAAUCAUGUGUCGGACGCGGUUCAUGUUGCUAUUCUGGCUUACGAACUGGGAUAUCUGCGAAACACCGCCAAUGCAGCUGCUGACACUUUGGUAGUGGAUUCUGCGCAGAUGACGAAAUGCUACUGUAAUAUUGCGCGUCUACUUGUCUCUUAUACUAAGGAAUUUGAAUUGGAUGAUGUUGCUAGAGCUUUGGAUUAUUGGUCGCUAUUGAAGGGUUUGCAAACGCCUUCCGGCAGUGAUGUUUUUGAGAUGGCGGUAAGUAGAGCCAUUUACCUAACCGGGAAGGCUGAUGAGAUUAUCGGAGCACUCGGUCCAGAUGGCAAACGUUCCCCUGCUCUGAUUGAUGAAUACCUGGAAGACCCCUCGGAUAUCAUCUGUCGUGUCGCGCAUGACACCGAGCUUGGAGGAGACACUACGCAGGCUGUUAGGCUCUACAUCCUUGCAAACACUCCUCUGAAAGCCAUAGAACUAUUGUGCUCUGAACUCAGCGAUGCCAUAAGAGUGAAUCGGACUAGAAUGGCAGAGCUUCGUCGCUUAGCAGAAGAUUUUGUAUCAGAUUCCAGUGUAUCGCAGCAAUUACGGCUGAUACCUUUUGAUAUGGACCAGGUACCAGUAAUAGUUGGAGAGUUUCACUUAGUCCCCCAGAAGGUUCGAGAAGUUAUCCCGGAUCUAUGCCUGCAUCUGAUGCGUUGCAUGGUAGAUGCAAUCCACUCGUCA